ACCGCAGCCACAACCGGCGUUCUCUUUGUAUUUUUCUCCCACCAGGCUCUUCAGAUACAGCAGUCCGAACUUGAUUAUCAUAUUUGGAGCAUAGCAGACCAACAAUUCCGCCUUUACCCCAUUUGUCAUAUUUCAAGGCCAUAAUCGCGGCCCCAACCUCUACUUGAGCCGCUUAAGCCACUGCAAUUGGAGAUCAAUCAGUUCUAGGAGAGGGCGUAGAAAGUCAGCUCGAUGCUUAGCCACGGUUCCUUUGCCUUCGCGGAAACAAAACGACCCCCCGGCCCAUUUUGGAGGGCUCGAAUUCAACCUUCAAAUCGUUUGAGGUCUCCAAGAUCUCCAGGCUUCCAUUUAAUCCCAUCUCGCCCAUGGCCCGAAACUGAAUGAUGGAGAAGAUCAAGACCGACCUCGCCUUUAGGUGAAGACCGCUGGAGUGCUGCGCCAGUGCAAAGCAUGUCUCCUACCCGGCUUUUCUGAUGUGUCGAAGCCCAUCUUUGUGAUGUGCCAUCGGGCCAUGUGCAUGUGGUAGCACUGGGUGGAUGGGCAACAGGGGGGCCCAGUGGCCAGCGGGCCAUUCUUGAUGGCCGUUGAAGCGGCGGGUGUGACUGUGUGAUGGCUUCUGCAUUCACCCAACUAGGCGGCGCGCCGCUCCCGCUCUUGCGUGCAUCACACACCCGCUGCACGAUGCCCUACCGUGCCAACUAGGUGCAUGCCAAAUGCUUUUCACCUAGGGGGGAAAAUGGAUGCAGCCCUGUGAUUUCCAGGCUUCCUGGAGGGCUCACAAGCUGGGCGGGCCUUGCAGUCUCUCGGGCAACGUCCGGUUUCCCUCCGUUUCGUUUCUUUGCUAUGCAUUGCAUGUCUUUUUUUUUUUUUUUUUUUUUUCACCUACAUUUUCUCCCAUCUCUCUUGUCCUCAUAAAUAUGCAGAGCCUCCCCGCUCGGCAAUCGGUUCCCUUCAGAUCUGCAUUUAGUGUGCAGCUUCCCCCACACCUCUACUCUUGACAAUAUCCAUCACAUCUCACAGACUCGCCUCAAGUCACAAUGUCAAACGACUCACGACUACCAUUUCCCCGACUUUCGAGUCCGGACCCCAAUGGAAGUGACGCCAACUCGUCAGUCCAAGUUCAGCUUGAUGCUCUCAGCAACAGGGGGAGAAGCGCAACCGGCCCCUCACAAACACCAUCAAGACUACCUUCACCAUCACAGCCCGAACCGGCUUUUGAACAACAUCCAAGCCAGUCGAAUUCGCAAUCCUCCCAACUGUCGAUCGACUUCUUGCUUCGACAAUCCGGAGAGGACCCAUUACUUCCUAACGAGGAUGUCUUGCUGGGUUUGACCUCUGGCGGCGUCCACUCGGGCCAGAAACGACCAUAUGACAGUGAGACUAUCGAUGAAGAUGAAGAACGCUAUGCAAAAAGGGAUAGAAUGACGGAGGAACUCGAGCUCAUGUCUCCAUCUACGGAAGCACCAAUGACAUCUUUCCCAUUUUCGUCUGCCCCCACGGAGGUUCCAUCGAUAUCCGUGGCAGACUUUGAUGACAUCGAUCGAAUUUUGUCUCCGGAAAGACAACAAGAUCCGAUAUUCCAGUCGGAUUCUCAGACGGUGGUGAUUGGGAAUAGGAGAACAUUGCCUAUUCGGUCCGUGUCGAGGAGGUUACCGCCACAGCAGUCAACGAAUGUGCCUGGCACAAGUGGGAGACCAAUCGAAGGGCAGUCGGGAGAGGGUGAUGCAGAGGAGGAUCGGAGGAGGUGACAUUUCUGACUGGGGUGUGUUUUUGAGAAGGGUUUGUUGGGCAAGUGAGAUGGUUUUCUUAUAAUAUAAGGUUGCAGAGUUGUUUGAUAAUUCCAGUAUGUACUCAGAUACAGCGGUGCACUUAUAUCAGGCGGCUCAUAGUUUUAGGUAGCGAACACGAAGCAUGUUUUAUCAGGAUAAUGUGAACUUGUGUCUCACCAUCCUAUUAUUCUCCUCCG